CCCCCGCCCGCUCCGCCUCUCGCAUCCGCCACUCCGAGCAGCCCAAGCGGAAACAAAGUGCUGCGGGCGGGAGCCUCGGCGGCGGCGGCGGCUGGGCGGACCUUGCUGGGCCUCCCGUCCCGCUCGCUUCGCCUUUUCCCGCGCGCGCGCGCGUGAGCGAGUGUGAGUGCGCGUGCUUCCUCACAAAGGGCAUUGUAUGACCGAUCGAUCGGCUCGCGGCCCGCCCCCGCUGCCCUUUGUGCUGUGACCCGCGGCCACCGUCCCGGUGCCACCCUCCCCAGGCUUCCCGCCGAUCGCCCGCCAUGGCCACCGCGACCCCCGUGCCGCUGCGGCCGGGCAGCCGCGCAGGCGGCCCCGCCACGCCGCUGAGCCCCACGCGGCUGUCGCGGCUGCAGGAGAAAGAAGAGCUGCGCGAGCUCAACGACCGGCUGGCCGUGUACAUCGACAAGGUGCGCAGCCUGGAGACGGAGAACAGCGCGCUGCAGCUGCAGGUGACGGAGCGCGAGGAGGUGCGCGGCCGCGAGCUCACGGGACUCAAGGCGCUCUACGAGACGGAGCUGGCCGACGCGCGCCGCGCGCUUGACGACACGGCCCGCGAGCGCGCCAAGCUGCAGAUUGAGCUAGGCAAGUGCAAGGCCGAGCACGACCAGCUGCUCCUCAAUUAUGCUAAGAAAGAAUCUGAUCUUAAUGGAGCCCAGAUCAAGCUUCGAGAAUAUGAAGCAGCACUGAACUCUAAAGAUGCAGCUCUAGCUACUGCACUUGGUGACAAAAAAAGUUUGGAAGGAGAUUUGGAGGAUCUGAAGGAUCAAAUUGCCCAGUUGGAAGCCUCAUUAGCUGCUGCCAAAAAACAGUUAGCAGAUGAAACUUUACUUAAAGUGGAUUUGGAGAAUCGCUGUCAGAGCCUUACUGAGGACUUGGAGUUUCGUAAAAACAUGUAUGAAGAGGAGAUUAAUGAGACCAGAAGGAAGCAUGAAACGCGCUUGGUAGAGGUGGAUUCUGGGCGUCAGAUUGAGUAUGAGUACAAGCUGGCUCAGGCCUUGCAUGAGAUGAGAGAGCAGCACGACGCCCAAGUGAGGCUGUACAAGGAGGAGCUCGAGCAGACUUACCAUGCCAAGCUUGAGAAUGCCAGGCUGUCCUCAGAAAUGAAUACUUCUACUGUCAACAGUGCCAGGGAAGAACUGAUGGAAAGUCGUAUGAGGAUUGAGAGCCUCUCAUCUCAGCUUUCUAAUCUACAGAAAGAGUCUAGAGCAUGUUUGGAAAGGAUUCAAGAGUUGGAGGACUUGCUUGCUAAAGAAAGAGACAACUCUCGUCGCAUGCUGACUGACAAAGAGAGAGAGAUGGCGGAAAUAAGGGAUCAGAUGCAGCAACAGCUCAGUGAUUAUGAGCAGCUUCUGGAUGUGAAACUAGCCCUGGACAUGGAGAUCAGCGCUUACAGGAAACUCCUGGAAGGUGAAGAAGAGAGGUUGAAGCUCUCUCCAAGCCCUUCUUCACGUGUGACCGUGUCCCGAGCGUCCUCCAGUCGCAGUGUACGCACCACUAGGGGAAAGCGGAAGAGAAUCGAUGUAGAAGAAUCUGAGGCAAGCAGCAGUGUUAGCAUCUCGCAUUCUGCCUCAGCCACUGGGAAUGUGUGCAUUGAAGAAAUAGAUGUUGAUGGGAAAUUUAUUCGCUUGAAGAAUACUUCUGAACAGGAUCAGCCAAUGGGAGGCUGGGAGAUGAUCAGAAAGAUUGGAGACACAUCCGUCACUUAUAAGUAUACCUCACGAUACGUGCUGAAGGCAGGCCAGACUGUUACAAUUUGGGCUGCAAAUGCUGGUGUCACAGCCAGUCCUCCCACUGACCUCAUCUGGAAGAACCAGAACUCUUGGGGCACUGGUGAGGAUGUGAAGGUUAUAUUGAAAAAUUCUCAGGGAGAGGAGGUUGCACAAAGAAGUACAGUCUUUAAAACAACCAUACCUGAAGAGGAAGAGGAGGAGGAAGAACCAUCUGGAGUGGUUGUUGAGGAAGAACUUUUCCACCAGCAGGGAGCCCCGAGACCAUCCAAUAGAAGCUGUGCAAUUAUGUAAACUUCUCAAGGCAACUGUCUUCCUCAGUAUAAAGAAGUAUG